CAUCGAUCGUCGCUGAAUCGAUCGUCGCCAAAUCGAUCGUCGCUGUCCACCCGCCGACCUCGUCAUCUUCCGUCGCGAAGGCCUCCUCGUUCCCUCCCGGUCCAAGCUGUCCUCGGCCUCAGAAGCUGCAAAGUCCACCAUUGUUGCCCACCCUGCUUAAGGGCUAGUUCUCCACAGCAUGGCUUCCCGCGCUCGCACCUGGACUCGGCUUCUGGCUGGUUCGUCGGCUUCCUCAUCAUCGACCCCGCGGUCCCUGAUGGUCUCGUCGCCGCAUCCUGCCUCCAACAUCCGGCUUCUUGAGCUGAAGACGCCCGAGUCCCGCAGUGCUCUGUUGCCGGAGGAAGUCGCCUAUCUCGAGGCUCUGAAGGAUGCCCAACACUUCCACCACACGUUUUGGACAGGCAACAACCAGAGCUUCAUUGCGCGAAAGGCCGAAUUCGAAACCGAAGUCUUCCGACAACACAACCGCUCGGCCACCCCCGAGGAGCUCUCGCGAUUCUACAAGAUCUAUCUGGACGAUUCCUUUGAUCGACACAUGCUUUAUAAUCGCGAGUGCUGGAAGCUGAACUUUGCACUGCUGCCGCCCUACUAUCGGGCGCAGAUGGCGUAUUUCAGACGGGCGCUGCUUGGUGCUCACACCGCCUCCUCCCGCGCUGCCGCAAGCUCCGUCUUUGCCCCGAUUGUGUCUGCCGUUGAUUCCAUCCGCUAUGUUGUGCGCAACUGGUAUUGGGCGUAUCGCUUUUCGUCCAUGUACCGGGCCCAAGGUGUCACUUACCGAUAAAGUGCGGUUCACAGCCGCCCUGGUCGUCUCCCUUCCUCUGUCCCUUGCCUCUUUCCCAGUCGUCCCGAUCGACUCUUCUUUUUUGCUUCUCUGUUUUUUUGGAUCUGAACGGCCUUUGACGCUGCCGGUAGCGGAAAUGCCCCUCCGUGGCAUGUAAUGAUGUUGGAAUCGAGCGCGCAAAUGUAUCUCGUAUCCAGCAAAGCCCCCCCCCUCGCACGGCGCAU